AUGGAUGGUGACGAGAAUACCGCCUUUUUUCAUAGACUCAUUAACAACAGGAAAAGUGCUAAUGGUAUUCCAGGGUUGCUCAUUGAUGGGGUUUGGGUGGAUAAGCCAAAAAUUAUAAAGAAAGAGGUUCUUGGCUUCUUUAGAAACCAUUUUGAGGAGAAAGUUCAUUCUAGGCCUUCUUUGCUUUGCCCGGGAGUGAAGAGAUUAACGGAAGCGGGGGCGAAUCUUCUAUCGGGGAUCUUUACGGCUAAGGAAAUCAAGGAGGCAGUUUUAGAAUAUUUCAAGGAGGUGUUAUCCCACUUUUAUAUUUCGGGCUCCAUUGACAAGAGUUGCAACACGUCUUUUAUAACUCUUAUUCCGAAGGUUAAGGACCCGAUUGGGUUGAACGACUACCUGUCCAUUAAUCUAAUUGGGAUUAUUAGCAAAGUUAUAUCGAAGAUUUUGGCGAAUCGUGUGAAGAAAUUUAUUCGAAAUAUUAUAUCUGAGACCCAAUCGGCGUUUGUUAAAGAUAGAUAUAUCCUUGAUAGCCCUUUGGUGCUUAGUGAGAUAUGA